UUUGAGCUCUAUACUUACGUAUACAUAUCAACUAAAGAGAAAACACUUGAAAAACAAAUAAUAUAUUACCUGCCUAGGUAUAAAUAUUGUUCCAAUCUACAAACGUGUUCUUCAUAGUUCGGCCUGCGCCUUUCAGGAACCGAAAAUCAAAAGACCAGGAAAAUGAAACUAUUCGCAUUUUUCUUGUUCUGUUUAUUUUGCAAGAGUUUUGCAGAAUUAGACAGAAGUUGGUGGAAGCAUACAAUAAUUUAUGAAAUACUUCCAUUUUCGUUCAAGGACAGUGAUGGAGAUGGACGUGGCGAUAUUAAAGGUAUUACGUCAAAAUUAGACCACUUAGUUGAUCUUGGUAUAGAAACUAUCCAUCUUACUCCAGUGUAUGAAACAUCGAUGCGAGAUAUGGGAUACGAUAUUACUGAUUAUUACAAGAUUGAUCAGAGAUACGGUACCAUGGAUGACUUUGACGAAUUAAUGGCUGAAAUGAAAAAAAGAGGUUUGAAACUAAUAUUAGAUUUGGUAAUUAAUCACAGUGGUUACAAAAAUGAAUGGUUUUUAAAAUCUGUUGACAAAAUCGACCCCUAUACGGAUUAUUAUGUUUGGAAAGAUGCCAAAGAAAUAAUUAACGGUACACCGACACCUCCCAACAAAUGGAGAAAUAUUUUCCAUUACUUCGAUGGUUCUGCUUGGGAAUGGAAUGAAAAACGGCAGCAAUUUUAUCUUCAUCAGUUUCUCCCAGAACAGCCAGAUUUUGAUUUAGGCAACGAAAAUGUAAAAAACGAACUGAAAAAAAUCAUUACGUUCUGGUUAGAUAAAGGUGUAGCUGGAUUUAGGCUUGAUGCUGCUCCCCAUUUCUUUGAAGAUAAAGAAUUUAGAGAUGACAGUUACGACAGACAAAAAGACCAACCAGAAACUCUGGAAUUUAUCCACGAAUUCAGAUUGUUUUUAGAUGAUUACAGCGUUAAACAUGGAGGGUUUGAAAGAAUCUAUGUAGCGGAAGCACAUAGUUCUCAUGCAAUUGCAGCACAAUAUUAUGGUACUAAAGAGUAUCCAUUGACUCAUUUCCCAUAUAGUUUCAUUCUGGAAUAUAUUGAUCAGCCUAUGGACGCUUUUUGGUUUUUCUGGUUCAUUUAUGGAUGGAUGUCUUAUUUACCUGAUGGCGAAGUGUCAGCUUGGAUGACACAAGAUCAUGAUGGUAAGAGAGUUGGGUCUCGAGUGGUUCCAGAGUACUCAGACAUCGUUACAAUGCUAUCAAUGAUGCUACCUGGAACAGUGGGUGUAUAUUACGGACAAGAGAUCGGCAUGUUAAAUGGUUUUAUCACACCCGAACAAAUCAGAGAUUACUCUGGUAAUGGUGGACGAGACCCAGCCAGACUUUUAAUGCAGUGGGACAAUAGUACAAGUGCUGGAUUUUCUACCAAUGCAACAACAUUUCUGCCAUCAAAUUCAGAUUACUUCGUAAGAAAUGUCGAGUUUCAAAAAAAAGACGAAUUCAGUCAAUAUAACAUGUUUAAAGAUCUGUCAGCACUCAGAAAAACAGACACUUUAAAAGUUGGAAAAUUUAGCCAUUUCCCCUAUUUUCAUGAAGACAUCUACAUGUUACAAAGAAUACACGAAGAACACGAAGUAGUUUUGGUCAUCAACCCUGGUCAAUCUCUUAUACAUGUAAAUUUAACUCGACUAAUGCGUAACCCACCAAAUCCAGUUUCGGUAGUGACUGCUAGUACAAAUGGUGGAUAUGGCAGAGGAUUAACUUUAGAUCAUCCGUCACUAGAUAAAUUCAAAUUUCUGCCUUUAUCUGCUGUUGUAUUUGAGACUAAGCGACCCAAAAAUGAGAAAAAAUCUGAGGCGGAUGACGAUUCAUGAAAAACAGAAGAAGAUUGGCCGCCAGCUUGGGGAAAUAGACGAAAUAAACUGGAUCCGAAAAACAUCAGUAACACAAUAGUAAACUUAUUUCUGCAAGUUUUCACAGUCGUUGCAGUUUAUCUGAUGUCUUAAACGUUCCUCGAUUCAUGGACUGUCAUUUUCAUUUGUUAAUCUACCUAUUUACUUUUUUAGUAGGUAGGUAGGUACUUACCUACUGUUUCAUUAGCGGUGCGUUGCCGUUUUGGCAUAAUUAUGCUGAAUUUAGCAUAGAUCAAGUUCAUUUAGCAAUGAGAUUUUCCGUGAUGUUCGAAUUUAGCAUUUAGCAUAAUGGUUAGCAUAAUUCUUUUUCAUACAUUUUUAUCCUAAAAGAAGUGAAAGUUGGCAAAAAACGGUGUGAUAACAGCUAAUUUUUAAACAUAGACUGGUGAGGAUUGGAAAGUUUUCUAGCAUAAUUAUUUUUGCUUUCUGGCAUACUUUAGCAUAAAUUUUUCUUCAAUGUAACAUUGAACAAAAAUUUCAUCUGGCAACACUGUUCAUUUGGUAUUGUUACUCAAAUACAAUGUUUUCUCCAUUCUUUUAUA